AUGUCUACUCCUAAAGGUCCCUUCCACCUGGUUACCGUCAACACCGCACCGGAGCGCGCCAAGCGUCUCAUCGGCCGCGUUGCCGAGGCACUGAGCGAUCGGUAUACCAUCAUCCACGUUGACAACUGCGAAAAGAUCGACGAGGUCGAGGGAAAGGUCAAGCAGCACAAUCCCGAGGUUCUGUUCAGCGCCUCUAUGUGGAGUGCGGAGGAAGCCCGGCAGAUUCACCAGAUUGCACGCUCUGCCCGGCCUGAUAUCAAGUUGCAUGCUAUUCCUGAGGGGUUGCAGGUUGAACGUGGUCCUGAUGCCAUUGUUGAAUACCUGGUGGAGAAGGUGCCUGUGCUGCUGGACAGCUAG